AUGCCUAAACGUGGUUCAAAACAGUCGACUAUUCAGAAGAAUAAGUCAAGUAAGAAGAAAGGCUUCAGGGGAGUUCAAAAACAAACUGUUUUGAAAGCAAAAACGCGUGAUCAGACUGAAACUGUUGCUGUCACAUUUGUUGGCGAAGAGGAUGUUGUAAGUGAAAGAAUUCCUCCACCCAAAACUCCAGCUUCUUCGCGGAAACUAGGUGUCCAAGAACAGGAAUCAUCUGAUUCGGAGAGUUAUGAAUUUGAGGAGGAAGUAAAAGGCUAUCGGUUUGUUUCUAUGGACAGUUUGUUGAAGUUUGUUCGUAGGAUUCACUCACGUGGACCAUGUGCUUCAGGUGUGUUAUAUAAUAUUUUUAAUUUUUUAUAAUAUUUUUAAUUUUUCUUUAUUUUCGAGCACACAGUGUUUGUCUGUGACUAUACUAUAGUGUCUUACAUAGAACUAUUUUAUUUUAGGCAAUGUUAAGCUCAUUGAGAGAAGCAUUGAGAGAUUUGGUCUCAGCAGUUCUUUGUUUGCAAAGUGUUAUGAGUGUGGCAUGGAGGAAUUUAUGGCUACAGGAGAGCAUGAUGGUGAUCAAGAGACUUCAAGCUGGACUGCAUAGGUCAUGUCCAGAAAAGACUGGGCAAGGCCUUAUAUGAAUAUCAAAGGAAUGCUACAAAGAUGGCAGAUGGAAAGUCUGUCAAAGGGAGUAAUGGUAGACUGACUAAGGUUGCCAUUGAAAAACUUAAAACUAAUUAUGGCAAAGCCAUACGCAACAAUGUUAAAACAGGAGCUCUUACAGCAGCACAGAAAGACCAAGCUGUCAAAGAUAUGCAGACAGCCAUCAAAGCUGGACUAUAUCAUUCUCUCAAGAUAGAAGAUAAGGAGAGGCAUCAGUUUUGCCCAAACAAUUCUUGGUGCAAAUUUAAGAAAGGCUUACCCUGCAAAGACAAGCCUCAUCAUCUGGAUGCAGUCUUCAAAGAGCCAUUGCUAAAGAUUUAUGAAAGAUUAAGUGAGCCAGCAUUGUUGCAAAGGUGUUUGCCAGGCUACACAAACAAUGCCAAUGAAUCUAUCAAUUCUCUUGUUUGGAAUAAGUGUCCAAAGCACAAGUGGCAUGGAUCAAAGAGAAUAGGAAUGGCGGCAAAUGCUGCUGCCCUUCAUUUUAGUUGCGGCGCAACUAAGAAACACGAUGUUAUGAGGGAAGCAGGCCUUGUUGUGGGACAUCAUACCAACAGAGCUAGUGAAAGAAGAGACUCAGGAAGAGUGAAACAGGCUGUGGCAAGAGGACAAGAAAAACACAAGAAAUAUAGGCUUGCAAGGAGACAAGCAAAAGCAAAAGAAGAGGAACUUAGAGUCAGAAGAGAAGGAACGACAUAUGAAGCGGGCGGUUUUAAUGACAUUGCUCCUCUCAGAGAACCCCAAAAGAAAAAAAGGAAGAAGUAG